AUGGGUUCGCAGGACGGCGACGAGAAGAUGUCCAGCGUCGACAGCAAGGUGCACGAUCCAAUCACGACCUCCACGAACCAGUCAUGGAUAAAGAAAACGACCGCCUUCAUGGCGAGCUGGGGCGUAGAGACUAACGGUGUCGACCCCAUUCCUCUGGAGGAUAGGAAUGACACAAAACUAUACCAGAUGUUCUUUGUUUGGUUCUCUGCAAACAUCAACAUUCUAACCUUCGGCACGGGUAGUGCGGGUCCAGCAUUCUUUGGCCUCGGCAUCCGCGACUCCCUGAUCAUUCUCGUCGUCGUCGACCUCAUUGCUUGUAUAAUACCUGCCUACUUUGCCCUCUUCGGUCCCAAGCUUGGGAUGCGUUCUAUGGUUGUUGCACGAUACUCCUGGGGGUAUUACGGUUCCAUCAUCCCUAGCGCGUUCACCGUGUUCUCUAUGCAAGGCUUCCUUAUCCUCAACUGUAUCAUUGGCGGCCAAACCCUCGCGAGUGUAUCCAACGGACACCUCGACGACACUUUGGGCAUCAUCAUCAUCGGCGUUAUCUCGCUCGUGGUCACCUUUUUUGGGUAUCGCGUCAUCCAUUGGUACGAGACCGUGGCAUGGAUACCUAGUGUCAUAACCUUCAUCGUCAUGCUUGGAAUUGGCGGCAAACAUCUGGGGAGCAGCAUUCCGGCUCCUGCUGAGCCGGCCUCUGCGGCCUCCAUAAUCUCUUUCGCCACCACUGUCGCUUCCAGUGUCAUCAGUUGGUGUAUGAUGACGCCUGAUUACGGAGUCUAUCACACGAAUAAAGCGUCCAGCACCCGCGUCUUCCUCUACAGCUACGCGGGCUUUCUCGGUGCCAGCCUCGUCGCUCACAUGUUAGGCGCCGCCUUCGCCGCGGCGGCGCCCGCCGUCCCAUCAUGGCAAGCAGGCUUCGACAAUGGGAACUCGGUCGGCGGGCUCGUCCAGGCCGUGCUCUCGCCCGCCGGCGGCUUCGGCAAGUUCCUGACGGUGCUCAUCGCGCUCUUUAUCCCGAGCGCGUGCGCGCCGACGAUGUACACCUUCGCGUCGAGCUUCAUGACGAUCCACACCUGGUUCGCGCGCGUCCCGCGCUACGUUUACACCGUCGUCUCCGAGGCCAUCCUCAUCCCCGUCGCGAUCCUCGGCGCGCGCCACUUCUACGAGACGUUCGUCAACAUCCUCAACGUGAUCGGCUACUGGUCUACCGUCUUCGCCGCGAUCGUCGUCGUCGAGCACGUCCUCUUCCACCGCGGCGCGUGGGCCGCGUACGACGUCACCGCGUGGGCGCUCCCCCGCGCGCUGCCCCCCGGGCUCGCUGCAAUCCUCGUGUUCCUGUCCGCGUGUGGGAUCAUCGUGCCGUGCAUGUCGCAGGCGUGGUACGAGGGCCCAAUUGCUGCGAUGGGCACGGGCGACAUCGGUGUGUUUGUGGGUUUUGCGAUGGCGGUGGUUCUGUACCCGGCAUGUCGGACGGUGGAGAAGAUGGUGUUCAAGAGGUAG